AUGCACCAUUCGCCUACUGACGAUAUGGCGGGACUGCUGAACCCCUCGAAAAAGCAUGCGAGGGAAGAGCUGGAGGACCCGGCAGCGUACGGCUCCUCUAGCUUCGGUGAACAUCGGAAUAAACGCAUCAUGUCCGGCACGAUAGAAUCUGCGAAGCGAUGGUCUGGGCCGCCAGCAUUUCCGACAACCACCAGUCUCUUCCUCGACACGUCCGGUGUCGGAAAUGCAGUCAGCCAGGACGACAUGUACAUGGACAUGGACCUGCAAUGUCCCGAACCCAACGAACAAUUCCAGAGUAUUCUCGAGCCUGGCCCCUUCCACCCCGAACCCCUGGCGGCUAACCUGGCCGGAGCUCGCGCCGACCUGCAUCGUCCGAAGGGCAUCAACAGCAUGCCGAAUCACGGCUUCGGCCACCCUGUCGCUCCUGACCAGGCCGUGCCACGUACUAUGGGCUCCGACGACUGGAGUAGUGUGCGAAACCGACGCCUCCCGUCGCCCAUCAGCGAAGGCGAAGACAGCCCCUUCAUCCAUCCCGUUGGCGCGGACUCGCCGGACAUGGUUCUUGACAGUGGUUUCACGACGAACCUUGCCCAUAGACUUGCCUCCCAAGUGUCCAUCUCGACCCCCUGCGACGUUGGCCAAGACCCCAUGGCAAAUGUUCACCCCGAGCAUAUGCAAUCGGGCGCUGGCGCGGAUUUGCCUGGUACGAUUGACUUGGCUGAUAUCCCGACAACACCUCCUCAAGGUCGCAAGGGUCAUAUUCGAUCGCGCCAUACUAUCAACUCGUGGACGUGGCAGCCUGGCAUGAAGAAAAGCUUUAGUAUGGGCUACAGGACGGAUUGCGAAAAGUGUCGCCUAAAGGUUCCGGGCCACUUCAACCAUAUCAUCAUCUCUUAG